AUGGAUAUCUCUACAAAGAAUCUUGCGAUCCUCUAUGAUGUCAUGGAAAUAAGACUUUCAAGUGUUAUGCUGAGUUGUCCAAGCGACCAAGCUUGUACCAGUUGCAAGCACUCAGACUCCACCACAAACGAGGUGUUUGUUACCCGAGAUGAUGUUUUGCAGUGGGCUCGAUCAGUUGCUCAUGAAAACGGAUUUAUGGUGGUGAUUAUGAGGUCAGACACAAACACUGAUAUUAGAGGAAUGACUUCAUUUGUGUUAAUUGGUUGUGAGAUGAGUGGUCAAUAUAGGUCUAGGAAGAAAGAUUUUGUUAGAAGAGAUACUGGAAGUAGGAAAUUUGGGUGUCCCUUCAAGCUUCGUGGGAAACCACUGGUUGGAGGGCAAGGGAUGACAUUCUCUGCUGGUGUUGCAUAUCUGAAGGGUGAACGGUUUAAUAAUGUGGUUUCACACGACAAGAAUGUCAAGGCAAAAUUGAAGCGUAGUGCAUCAUCUUCUGACCAGCCCAUUCCAAGAAGGAUCAUGCCGAUGUUGGAUCAAUUUCAUUCGUUUAUACACGAUUUCACUGACAACAUUGUGGAUGCCAAAGCUGACGGUAACUGUGGAUAUCGUGCGAUUGCUGCUUUAUUAGGUAUGAGAGAAGAUUCUUGGUCCUUGGUGUGCAACCAUUUGCUUAAAGAACUUGGCAAAUGGUCAGAUGACUAUAUCAAACUUUUUGGUAGCACAGACAGAUUAAAGGAAAUAAGGAGGUCCCUACUUGUUAUUAUGGAUAAGUGGAUGGAUAUAACCGAGAUGAGAUAUAUCAUUGCAUCAAGGUGUAGAACUUAUGAAUUUACUGUGACGUCAUUACUAGGGUUACCUGAUACGUUUAACGGUUAUGUAAUUUAA